CUUUACGACAUAUAAACAAACAUGGCUGCCAUAGCGAAAAGCGAAGCUGGAUUCAUGUAACGGUAUUACAUUAACGACGUACUCGUCAGGGUACUCGUAUUGGUUGGCUACGAAUCUAAUUAUUUUGAACGAGUGUAAGCCAGCAUGGCAAACAAUGAACUGAGAUACGCUGUAAAGCAGCUUUAUAAAAAUCUUAUUUUUCUUGGGAGAGAAUAUCCUAAAGGAGCAGACUAUUUUCGUGAGAGAUGUCAUCGUGCAUUUAUGAAGAAUAAAGAAUUGACUGAUCCAGAACAAAUAAAUGAACUUAUUGGCAGAGGGGAGUACAUUAUCAAAGAGUUAGAAGCACUCUACAUGUUGAGAAAAUAUAGAGCAAUGAAAAAGCGGUACUACGAUACACAAUGACGGAGAAGGCUGCGUUAACAAUGACGGAUAAGACUACAUGAACAAAUGACAAUACAAUAGUUUAUUUUUUUCAUGGAGUUGACAAAUUUUUGUGAAUUUUUUGAGAGAAAAUUAAAACGACAU